UGGCCAUGCAAAGUAAAAUCUGUUUAAAUUCGUAGGUCUCCCAAUAAUACAUACUUUGGAGUUUCGGCAGUUGUCGAUAAAUAAUACAGAAAGACACACGAAUUCCCAAAAAACCUUCUCUGCUAAAUAUAUUUAUAUAUAAAUAAAAAUAAACACAAGAAGCCGAUAGUUUAACUCUCCAAAGUACAGCACUAUAAAAUAUAACUGAACAGAUCGUCGGACAUCAUCGGAAGAGUUCGUUAUUGGCUGUCUGCAGGCUAAAAUGGCUGACCUCGAUGAGGAUUACUAUGUGGACGAGUCCUUUGAGGCGGACUCGGAUGCAGAGGAGCUGGAGCAGGAAGAGGAGGAGCAGGAAGAUGAGCAGGAAGAGGAGCUGGAAGAGGAGCAGGAAGAGGAGCAAGAAGAGGAGCCGGAGGGGGAAGAAAAAGACAAAAACAAUAACGAAGAGGACAGCGAUGACGACGACGACGAUGAUGAUGUCUACGAUGACAUCCCGGAAUAUAGCGACGAUACCGAUGGCACCGAGGACACCGAGGACACCGAUCCCGAAAUCGAUCCCAAGGUGGAGUUCCUGCUGGGAAACCCACAUGCGCGUCGGCAGAUGCUGCGCGCCCGCGCCCGCCAGAAGAUGCCAACGUAUCCCAGCUCCUCGUCCGACGAAGAGAGCCAGGUGGUCAUCACGAAGACGGUGGCGGAGGUGAAUCCGCUGGCCCUCCGCAUGGACACAUCGGCGGAGCUGGAGGAGGAUGAGGAUCCGGAUUCGGGGCGUACGCUAAAGCCAGGCAGCGACAGGUACCGAAAGGGCGUGGCCAGCAGCGAUUCAGACGAGGAAGUGGACGAUGAAGAGGAGGUUGAUGACAUGAAGUACGGUGACGUGCUGGAAAUACUGGAAGAAGACGGAGAGGAAGGGCAAGAAGAGCGAGAGCAAGAAGUGGAGGAGCAAGAAAGCGAAGGCGCCUUCGAGUCAGAGGAAGAUGCAAACGGACAGAGCGACAACGAAGCAGACUCCGAUGGCGAAGUGAAUCAGCUGGAAGAGCACGAACCUGAGCCUGAGCCGAGUGCAGCUGCAGCUCACGACGUCUACACUUUGGCCGAUGACAGCGACAACAGCAGCGAGCGCAGCCUCCCAUCGGACAGAACCCUAAUCAAUGGCAAGCAACCAACGCAGCAGCCUUUAAAGACGAGGCUCGAGGCAAUCAACGAAACGGAGACUGAUGACAAGACAGCACCCAAAAAAGAACCAGACAAUAUUAUGCUAACUGCGGAGCAACUUGCAGCGGCCAUGCCGCCCAUGGCACAGCUGGAGCAAUUUCUCAAUGAGAUGAGCAUUGCGGACAGUAAGCUGAUGGCACCUGCCAAUAAGUCAACGCCCAUUAAGCUACUGGAACAUCAGAUGAGCCAAAUGUCCGCGAUGAUCAUGAAGACGAUUCGCACUCGAGCAAUGGAGGGGCUGGGCAUGGAAACGGACAGGCUGCGUGCGGGCAGCGCGAGAGUGGAGGACGCUCAAUCGACGACGGCGGAGUCGAGCCUGGCGAGCGCUCGCAGCUGUGACAGCAGUGGAACGAAAGGAAUGACUCCACAGGCUUACGGCCAUUGCCGCUGUCCCUCCACCACGGACUACAUGGAAACGGACCAACAACUAGAAACGGUGCUGGAAGGUGGCUUCUAUGUGGACGAGUGCGGCCAGGGGGAUGGCCUGAUGCGCCAUCCACACCAACGUCGGCCACCCGAGUACCAGCGAACAAUUUGCAGCGCAACGCCCAGCAGCUACACCAGCAAUGUCACGCGUUCGCGCUCCUCCACGGAUAAAAUGAACUACAAGAAUCUGGGACGCAAGAACUUCAGCUUCACCAAUGAGCAGAUGCGCAUAAUCGAGCGUCAGAAUCACAUUCUGCUGCAGAAGAUGAUGGCGGUCAAGCCGACGGUGCACAUAAAGGCAAGCACCAGCGCCACGAAAUGCAACGGCAAAGCGUCUUCCACGCAGCAGCAGGCAACGCUACUUACCAGCGCAGCCGUGAAUCGAAAGAAAUAUCAGCGACAGAUCAAUCUGGAGAAUAAUUUAAUUAAACGCAAAUUGGAUGCCAUACAUGCGCGUCGUCCGGAAUUCAAAUGAAGCCAGCCUGCUCCUGCUCCUGCUCCAGCUCCAGCUCCAGCUCCAAUCCCAAAACUGUGUUCAUGUUUAGUCAGUUAUUAUGGAAUUUACGAUUUAAAAUUUAUUGCAAGUUACAAAAUGUA